AUGUCGGCCUCGCACGCCAAUGCCGUGCCGGACACGCAACUGGGACUGUCGAAUGAGGAAAUCCAACUUUUGCGACAAGGCCAGGCGGCCGCUCUCGGACAGGGGGGCGGCGGCGGGUCGAACUCCUCCCGUGCCGCCAGCCGGGCAUCGAGCCAAGGGCUUCUGAUGCUCGACAGCUCCUCACUGGCAUCCUUGGGGCGCUACUUCGAGCGUGUCAUGGCUCAGAUCGAGCAGCAGAUACACUAUCUCAGCGAGCAGAGCCAGACGUUCACCAUGGCACAGUUCGAUCGCGCCGGCAACCUUAUCGACAAUGCUGACCUGGAAAUCGCACGGUAUCACGACAUCUUGCGACAGUUGGACGAGCUGGACCUCGACUUUGACAGGAUACGACAUAUCAAGGAGAUUGUCGUGGGCUAUCGAUCGCGCGUGGUGGAGAUGGAGAGGGAGCUUGAACGAAGCGGCGGUGGAUCCUCGUCGAGGCACAGAGACGGACAUCGCUCGUCAUCCAGUCGACACGGUCACUCUCACAGUCACCGGCAUGGCCAUGAAAGCUCGAGAAGACGACAUUGA